CUUAUUAUGCAAUUGUUUUGGUAAUAAUAUUACAGAAAGAAACAUCUACUUUCUUUUAAUUGUUAUUAAUUAUGAGAAUUUUAAUUGUAAAUGGAUAUUAAAAGACAAGAGAAGGAUUUUAGAAAUUCUCAGAUUUCUAAUAUAAUAUAGUUAAAAUUAUGCAGGAGUAGAAAGAGUUAGUAGACACUGAAACAGAGUAUUUGAUUAGGGAUAAAGAUAAUGUAGAGGAUUUUUUGUACGAAAUAGAGAGUUCAUAUUUGAAAAAGGAGGCUGCCAGUAAUUUUGACUCACUUGAUAUUAUUUUUAUAACUGGCGAUGCUAAUGUAAGGCCAUGGUCAAGAAGCAUGAAAAAAAUUUUGACACUUAUUAGGAUGAGCAUGAAGGCGAACAAAUACUUAUUUGCUUCUUCAUUUGCGAUGCAGGCAGUAGUUUUUCUAUGCGCUUCAAAUUUAGAAUCAAAUAUUGAAGUCAUCAACGGAUAAGGAAAUGGUGGUAAAUUAAGUGAUAUGCACAAUCUUCCCAUCAGGUUAUAAGAUGUAAAGCACUACCACUACUUCCUAGAAAAUACAACAGGUGAUUUAUAUGGCUUUAACUAUGAAUCAAAUGAGUGGGUUCCAAAAGGAAACUGUGGAUUGCACUUCAGAAGAUCUGCUUAAGAAUUUCAGUCAAUAGGAAAAUACAUCCUAAAAGCUCCUAUUUACAAAGCAACUACGUAGAAUGUUUAAAUAAUUAUGCCAAUUAAAUCUAAUAAAAACGAGGAAGUGUGCUCUAUUAAAAAAGUUUACUAUCAUCAUUGGUUAUUCUAAGGAAUGGACACAGAAUUUUUGGUUGAAUUGAAGAAUAGCUGGGAUAUUCAUUCAUUUUCUUUCACAAAUCCAGAAAAGACAUUUUAAAUAUUGGCAGAGUGUGAAAGAGGUCCCUUGGUUGUUUAAUGCCUUAAUAUAAUAUGCACUUUAUUUACAGUUAACUCGAAAUAUCCUAAUACUCUAUUGCCAAUAUAAAAUUUCAUAUUAAACACUCUGAAAUACAUUAAAUCUGACAAUAAAAAGAACUAAGUUAGCAUAUAAUCUCUGAUACACACUCAUAAGCUUUCCUCAGUGGAAGAAAUAUUAAAAAAGUAAAGAUAAAAAUAAAAUAAAACUCUAAUGCUAAUGAAAGAAAGAUCUUCUAAGCUAGGAUUUUAUCAUGCAAAUAUAGAAUAAAAAGACUAAAAUUAAGAUGGAAUAAUUGAAAAUGAUUACAUCAAAUAUCCAGAUAUGUUUAGCUCAGAUGAGUUUAGACAUGUAGGAUAUUCAGCCAAAAAAGACCAUGUUCCUGAUAUAGUAAAAUAAAAUGCAGUAGUGAACUCUAAAGUGAAGAUUAGAAAUAAAAUAACUAUAGAAAUUAAAAAAGAUUAAGAUAAAAAUCUAAAAUAAAAAUCUAAAAGUGUCCAUCUCAAUUUAAAUAAUAUACCUAAGAAAAUUUUAUUUAAUGAAAACGAUUUUAAUUCAGAGAUGAACUUCUUUGAAAAUGAUCAAGAAGCAAUAGCUUUGAAGGAUUAAAUGUAGCUUUAAGAAUAUGGGAAAUCUAAUGUAAGAUAAUUUCUGCAUCCUAGCAUACCUUUAGAGUAUACUUAAGGAGAGCCUUUAUGGGUACCAGGAAUGCUCUCAAAUCCUUAAAAUAAAUUAAAAAGAGGAAUUCAUAUAAGAUCACCUAGCGACUCUUAAUUAUCAACAGCACGGAGCAAAACAAAAAGUGUUUAGAACUAAAACACACUCUAUAAAUCAUUUGUUAAGCCAGGAAAAUUCUUUGGAGAGACCCAAGGUUCUGUUUUUUCUCAGCAACCAUAUAUAACACUUGAACAGAUAUAAAAAAUUGAAUAAAAGGAAAAUGAUAAACGAAUAAUAGCUCAUAGAAUUUUUAAAACAGGUUCAAAAAGAAUGUUUGAAGUAUUCCCAAGCUAACUUAUUUCUGGUAACGAGAGGCAUAUACAUAAUUUUAUAUAAAAAUUUAGAGAUGAAAAAAGAGAAAAAUGGAUUUCUUAGUAAAAUUUUAAGCUCUUAUGAUAAAAUUGUAAUAUAUAAACAAAAUAAAUAAUUAUGAAAUAAAUUAAAAACUUAGUUAGUUGUAUAAGAGUUAAAUUGCAUAAGUUAUUUUUAAAGCAAAAUACAACUCUAAAAACUCAAAAUUUUAUCUGAAACCAAAACUAAGUUAGUGAUUUUGAUUUUUUUAAGGGCUAUUAAAAAAUAAAAAUUUAGAGAGAUAGUAAAAAUAUUAUUUAAAUAAUUCAAUAA